CCGCCGCCUGGAGCAGCAGACAGGGUGACACGUCGCGCCGUAUCGCGACAUAGUGCGCCAUGUCGUGCCGGACCGUGGGGAUAUCCCGCGCCACCCCAUCCUAUGUGAGAUGCGUCCCAGAGUCCUGAGGGAAUCGGCGGAUGGAGCUGCCAAGCCUCACUCCAGGUUGCUGGAAAAGCCGUGGCAGCCCCGCUCACCUUCACCAUGGUGCACUACACCCGCGUCUUCGAAGGCAAUUCCCUCUUCUGGGGGAACGCCAGCCUGGACGGGCGGCUCAGCCACGUGCUGGAGGGGCACAAUGUCACCCAGGUGCUGCCGCUGGAGCCUCCGGACGCCUGGGCACGGCGGCAGAAGGACGUGAGCACCUACCUCAGCUACUUCAGCGACCUGGUGAAGCUGUUCAACAAGGAGAGACCCAUGGACUACACCCAGAGGCUCUGCUGCCGCCUCGGUUGCCACCUCUUCCCCAAUGGCACAUCUCACAGCUUCUACGAGGUAACCCUCAAUGGGACGGCCUUCCUGAGCUUCCACGUCCCCAACGCCACAUGGCAGCGGCACUGGCCCGGCCGGCACCAGGUGGCUGCCUUUGCUGAGACGGAGCUGAUGAAAUACCCCAUAACCACCCAUGACCUCCAGCACUUCCUCAACACCACCUGUGUCAGCAUCCUGCAGGCUCAGAGCGCUGGGACAGGAAAACUCAGCGGGCGGUCGCGUGCUCCGCUGGUGCUGGGGCUGAUCCUGGGGACCCUCUGUUUGCUGGGCGUGGCUGUGGGGAUCUUCUGGUGCACGGGAGGGAGCUGCUAACGGAGCUGGAGCUGUCCUGCAUCACCCCAUGGACACAGGGGAUGGACCCAUCAUCUCCCUGUGGAUCCACCAUCUCUGUUUGGAGGCAGAGGAUGGACUCAUCAUCUCCCUGUUGAUCCAUCAUCUCCCUGUGGAGGCAGGGGACAGACCCAUCACCUCCCCAUGGACAAGGCAAGGGAUAGAUCCAUCAUCUUCCCAUGGAUCCAGCAUCACCCUGGGGAGGCAGGGGACAGACCCAUCAUCACCCUGGGGAGGCAGGGGAUGGAUCCAUCAUCCCACCAGAGAGACCAUCAUCACUCUGUGAAUCCAUUGACCAAGCUGCUCCCCUACAAGGGAUGCACGUCCCCAGUGCCACAGGCUUUGCUCCCAAGGGACACCAGUGGCUUCCCUGACCCGUCCCAGCUGGACUGACCCCCCCAGCAGCCCUUGCCCCGGGGAUGGUCCCCAUGCUGGGUUGGCACAAGGUAUUGAAACUCCACAGAAACACACUUGGCACAGAUGGAAAAACUGAGAAAAGGGGGGUGGUGGGGAAAACAGCAAGAGAAACAGCCAAGGAACAGUUAAAAGGGUGGAGUUAAAUCCUCAUCUAUCCCUGUUCCAGAGGGGAUGGAGGGAGAAUGUCACACCUCAUGUAAUAAAAGCACCCAUCCGAUCUCACCACAGCUUUGGCUGCUCUCAUUCCCCCCAGCAGCACCAACGGGGGCUGUGGAUCCAUCACAGGUCCAUCAUGGGCUGUGGAUCCAUCAUAGGCUGUGGAUCCAUCAUGGGUCCCUCACAGGCUGUGGCUGCUGGUGCCAGUCCCAGUGUCUGACCCUGAGCCGUGCACUGAGUUUUCCAAGCCUCUGGAAAGAAGCUGUUGGUGUUUGCUGGAGGGUUUUGCAGCUCCUGAGCUCAUUUCAACCUUUUCCCAGCUUUGGUUUGACUCAACUAAGUCAUUUGCCCACUGUUUUUCAUUCCAAGGCCAAGCACAGACAGCUGUGAGGGCAGUUUUCCACAGUCCAAAUCCCAGCUAAAAACUCCUCU